AUGCCCUCGGACUUCAUCUCUCUGCUCAGCGCCGACCUCGACCUCGAGUCCCCCAAGUCUCUCUACUCCAAGGAAUCUGUCUAUGACCUCCUCCCAAAGGAGUUGCAGUUACCACCCUCCAGAGAAACAUCUGUAGCAUCCAUGAGCCAAACAAGUGGUGGUGAGGCAGGUUCGCCUCCUCCAGCUGUAGUUGCUGCUGAUGCUUCUUCAGCUCCCUCCUCUUCCUCCAUGGGCGGUGCUUGCAGCUCCUUUACCACCUCUUCCAGUCCUACCAUUUACUCUACCUCAGUCACCGACAGCAAGGCUAUGCAAGUGGAGAGCUGCUCCUCAGCCGUGGGGGUAAGUAACCGAGGGGUAAGUGAAAAGCAGUUAACCAGUAACACAAUCCAGCAGCAACAGUCAAUGCCGAAGAGACAUACAGUCCUGUACAUCUCACCACCACCUGAGGAUUUGCUGGAUAACAGUCAGAUGUCCUGCCAAGAUGAAGGGUGUGGAUUGGAAUCAGAGCAGAGCUGCAUUAUGUGGAUGGAGGAUUCCCCCUCCAACUUCAGUAACAUGAGCACCAGUUCCUACAAUGAUAACACUGAGGUGCCACGUAAAUCACGCAAACGAAAUCCAAAGCAGAGGCCAGGGAUCAAACGUCGAGAUUGUGAAGGAUCCAGCAUGGAUAUAUUUGAUGCCGACAGUGCCAAAGCUCCUCACUAUGUCCUUUCUCAGCUCAGCACGGACAGCAAAGGCAACUCAAAAGCAGGAAAUGGAGCAUCAGAAAGCCAGAAAGGAGCCGGAGGGAAGAAGAGCCCGAUGUUGUGUGGUCAGUAUCCUACUAAAAGUGAAGGCAAAGAGCUGAAGAUUGUGGUACAGCCGGAGACCCAGCACAGAGCUCGGUAUUUGACUGAGGGCAGCCGAGGCUCAGUGAAAGACAGGACACAACAAGGUUUUCCAACUGUAAAGCUGGAAGGUCACAAUGAGCCAGUAGUUCUGCAAGUGUUUGUGGGUAAUGACUCUGGUCGAGUGAAGCCACAUGGGUUCUACCAGGCCUGCAGAGUAACUGGGCGAAACACUACUCCCUGCAAAGAGGUGGACAUAGAGGGUACUACAGUUAUAGAGGUUGGCCUUGACCCUAGCAACAACAUGACACUUGCGGUUGAUUGUGUAGGAAUACUGAAGUUGAGAAAUGCAGACGUUGAAGCUCGAAUAGGGAUUGCUGGUUCCAAGAAAAAAAGCACCCGUGCCAGAUUGGUGUUUCGUGUAAACAUCACUCGGAAAGAUGGCUCAACUUUAACGCUCCAGACACCCUCCUCUCCAAUUUUAUGCACUCAACCAGCUGGCGUGCCAGAGAUCCUCAAGAAAAGUUUGCACAGCUGUUCAGUGAAGGGGGAAGAGGAAGUCUUUCUGAUUGGCAAGAACUUUCUUAAGGGAACAAAAGUGAUCUUCCAAGAGAAUAUUUCUGAUGAAAACUCUUGGAAAGCAGAAGCUGAAAUAGACAUGGAAUUAUUUCAUCAGAAUCAUCUUAUUGUGAAGGUGCCACCAUAUCACGACCAGAAAAUAACCUCAUCUGUUUCUGUGGGGAUAUAUGUGGUGACCAAUGCUGGAAGAUCUCAUGAUGUGCAGUCAUUUACAUACACUCCAGAUACAUCAAUGUCUUUUGUCUCAACAGCUGGUACUCUGAAUGUUAAUGUGAAGAAAGAAAUCUCCAGCCCAGCACAGCCUUGUUCUUUUGAAGAGGCUAUAAAAGCAGUGGCAGCCACUGGCUGUAACCUGGAUAAAGUAAAUAUUCUUCCUAGUGCCUUGAUAACUCCACUUAUGCCGACCAGUGUGAUUAAGAAUGAAGAUGUGGCUCCAAUGGAAGUUACAGCCGAAAAAAGAUCUCCCACUAUCUUCAAGGCUACAAACGUGGUUGGACCAACUCAACAAACAUUAGAAAAUAUGUCCAGCAUAUCAGGAAAUGGAACCUUUUCAACUGCUGCUUCUCAUUUACCUUCUGAGAGUGAAAAACAGCAGCAGAUACAGCCUAAAAUGUAUAAUGCAGAGACUCUGACUACUAUCCAAACACAGGACAUUUCACAGCCUGGUAGCUUUCCUGUCUCUGCUCCCAGCCAACUGCAGAAUAGUGAUGCACUAUUGCAGCAAGCUGCACAGUUCCAGACGAGAGAGUCCCAACCCAGAGAGGUGUUACAAUCAGACAGCACUGUAGUUACUUUGUCACAGUUAACUGAGGCUUCGCAGCAACAACAGUCAACACUAUCAGAACCAGCACAGACACUACAGCAACAGAUUUCAUCAAGUAUUUUCUCACCAGCAAACAGUGUGAGUCAGUUACAGAACACUAUACAGCAACUGCAAGCUGGCAAUUUUCCAACCAGCACUGCCAGUGGAAGCAGUGGAAAUGUUGAUUUGGUCCAGCAAGUCUUAGAAGCUGAACAGCAGUUAUCUUCUGUUUUGUUUUCUGGGUCAGAUAGUAGUGAGGAUGUUCAAGAGCAACUCAGCGCAGACAUUUUUCAGCAAGUUAGUCAAAUCCAAAACAGUGUAAAUCCUGGGAUAUUUUCCUCAUCAGAGACAGCAGUCCAUUCCAGGCAAGAGAAUCUUUUGUCUGGAAGAGCUGAAAAUGUCCAUCCACAGCCUGAGAGCUCAUUGUCCAAUCAGCAGCAGCAGCAGGCAAUGGAGACUUCUGCAGCAAUGGUGAUUGGAAUGCAGCAAAGUAUGUGCCAGGCUGCAACACAGAUGCAAUCUGAUCUAUUCUCCUCAGCAGCUUCAGGAAAUGGAAACCUCCAGCAGUCCCCUGUUUACCAGCAAGCUUCCCACUUGCUAAGUGGGCUAUCAACAAGCGAAGACAUGCAGAUGCAAUGUGAGUUAUUCUCCUCAUCUUCUGGUGUUUCUGGAAAUGAAACAACUACUACUGCUCAGCAGCAAGUCUCGACCAAUGGCUCUACCAUGUUUCAGACAUCGAGUUCUGCAGAUGGAGAAGAAGCUUCAGGACAGAAUAAACAGAUGCAAAACAAUGUGUUUCAGACCAUGGUUCAGAUGCAACACAGUGGGGAAAGUCAGCCUCAAGUUAACCUUUUUUCAUCUACGGAAAACAUGAUGGCCGUUCAGGCAGGUGGAACUCAACAGCAGGGAGGUGGACUGUUCCAGCAAGGUGGGGAAAUUAUGUCUAUUCAGUCAGGAAGUUUCAUGCAGCAAUCCCCACAUUCACAAGCUCAACUUUUUCACUCUCAGAAUCCCAUUGGUGAUGCUCAAAAUAUAUCCCAGGAAACACAAGGGUCUAUUUUUCGUAGUCCAAAUUCCAUUGUCCACAAUCAGACCACUUCCUCUUCUUCAGACCAAUUGCAGACUCCAAUGUUCCACUCCCAGAACACCAUGGGUGUAUUGCAGAGCUCUUCUGUACCUCAAGACCAGCAAUCAGCCAACAUGUUCCUUUCCCAGAAUUCAAUGAACAACCCCGUAACUCAAGAAGAACAGAUGUCAUUCUUUACAACACAGAAUUCCAUUUCUCCACUUCAGACAGCCACAAACACUGAGCAGCAAACUUCUUUCCAGCAGCAGGCACAGAUACCCCACAUUCAGAACCCUAUGAUUCCCCAAGAUCAACCCCAAGCUCAGCCCACUCAGCAGGGUUUGUUUCAGACACAAGUAUCACUAGGCUCCCUCCAGUCUAGUACAAUGCCCCAGAACCAACAAGGGGCUAUCUUCCAGCCUCAACAUUCAAUGGUUGCUAUUCAGAGUAGCCCUCCAUCCCAAGAACAGCAGCAACAGCAGCAGAACAUGAUGUUCAGUACCCAAAAUACGAGUACAAUUGCUUCUCAGAAGCAGACUAUGAUUUUCAACCCAAAUCAAAAUCCAAUCACUAAUCAGGAGCAGCAGAACCAAUCUCUUUUUCAUGCACAAUCCAAUAUGGCGCCAAUGAAUCAAGAUCAACAGCCCAUGCAGUUCCAGGGUCAAACAGUGACUCCACUUCAGAAUCCUGGGUCCAGCCAGACAGAGACACAGCAGCCCACCAUGUUUCAUAACUCACCCCAGAUUCAGUUGGUUCAAGGAUCACCAGGUUCUCAAGAGCAGCAAGUCACCCUCUUCAUCUCUUCAGCUUCCAUGUCUGCCUUGCAGACUAGCAUGAGCCAGCAAGAGCUGCAGCAGCCUCCCAUCUACUCUUCUCCGAGCAAUAUGACAGGUAUUCAAGGAGCUGCUUCUCCUGCACAGCAACCAUCUUCUUUGUUUCACAAUCCAACAGGAAGUGCUAUCAACCAGCUGCAGAAUUCUCCUGCUUCAUCUCAACAGACUUCAGGAAUAUUCCUAUUUGGGAUUCAAAAUAACUGUGGCCAGCUGUUAACCUCUGGACCAUCUGCAUUGCCAGAUCAGCUGAUGACUAUAAGUCAGCCAGGUCAGCCACAGAGUGAGGGGCAACCUGCAGUGACAACGCUUCUGUCCCAGCAGAUAUCUGAGAAUUCUUCUCUACCUUCAUCUAUGACAACCAAUCAGUGUAUAGAGAAAAUUGAUGACUUGCUUGUGUCAUUACAAAACCAGGGGAACAACAUGGCUGGCUCAUUUUAA